AUGGAUGAGCUUAUGGCUAUUAUCAUUAUUGUUAUAUUGUGCUGUGUAAUGUUUUUCGCUUGGUUAGUAUCAAUGGCUACUUGUCCGGAUGCUAUGGUCUCGUUUCUUUCCGGACAGAGAAAUGAAUCGAAUUACUCGUCUUCUCAUGAAUCCAAAGAACUCAUUCGUCAUGAGGAAGAUGAUGCAAAGAUGAUGAACUCUGUUUCAUCCGUUUAUCUUCAUAUGAACAGCGGUCGACGACCAAGUGAUAAGAAGCUUAGCGUUGUGCCUGAGCAGGACGAACAGCUUACUGUCCAAUCGACCAUACACUCACUGCGCCCCACUAUUCUUCGCAUUGCUCAAAACCAGCCACCUCCAUUUGAGUGCUCAGAGGACAACGAAUCAACUGAUCUUGGCCCAGUUAUGACAAUUACUUCUUCUGAGCCUGUAAUACCAAAAUCAGUUUCGGGAAUAGCACUGGCUCGUGUUCAAACGGAAGUUGAUAUGGAAAACAUCAUGAGUCAGAAUGUUUAA